AUGUUUCCCUUAAACCCUUCUUCUUCUUACAGUUUCUCUUCUCUUCUUCACCAGCCGCUUCAUUUCUCAACAACGCCGCAAUUUCACGUCAACAUACAAUCAAGCAUGUCAUGUGCAGAUAGAUUCCCUGUAAGUUCUUCUUCUCUUUCUUCUUCUUCUUCAAAAUUUGUUACCAACACCGUCACAGAACCUCUCUCGGGUCACUUUUCACCGCUUAAUACAAGAUGGGUUUGCCCCCCUCUUACUUGUUUCCGUUCAAAUACUCCACCUUUACCAAGAAAAGUUUCGUCCUUUACACACAAGAAGACGAACAACAAAAAUUAUGUGAGUGAUUUAAAUUCGUUUUUGAAGACUUUGAAAUCAUCUGAUGAUGUUGAAGGUGUCCUUAAUUCCUUUUAUGGGAAUCUUGGUCCAAGGGGCAUCACUGUUCUUCUUCGUGAACAGAGAAAUUGGGAACGUCUUGUUAGGGUAUUUAAGUGGUUUAAAUCUCAGGAAGAUUAUGUUCAUAAUGUAAUUCAUUAUAAUGUUGUGCUUAGGGCUCUUAUUAGAGCUCAACAAUGGGACCAAUUGAGGCUUUAUUGGAUAGACAUGGCAAACAACAAUGUUUUGCCUACGGAUAAUACUUACGGCAUGCUUGUUGAUUGUUAUGCCAAAGCAGGUCUUGCCAAAGAGGCUCUUUUGUGGAUUAAGCAUAUGAGAAUGAGAGGCCUUUUUCCUAACGAGGUUACCAUGGGUACUGUUGUUACGGUUUUGAAGGAUGUUGGUGAGUUCGAUAGGGCUGAUAGGUUUUACAAGAAUUGGCGUGAUGGGAAGGUUGACUUGGAUGAUCUUGAUUUUGAUUAUUCGACUUUGAAUACCAAUGGUUCGAGAUCAUCGUUGCCUCUUAGUUUCAAGCAGUUUCUUUUGACGGAGCUUUUUAAGACUGGCGGGGGAAUUCGUGAUUCUAAUUCUACGCCGUCGUUGGAUAUGCAGAACACUCCUCAGAAACCUCGGCUCUCUACCACUUACAAUGCCCUUAUAGAUUUUUAUGCCAAGGCCGGACGGCUAAAAGACGCUGCUGAUGUCUUUGCGGAUAUGAUGAAAUCUGGAGUGGCAAUGAAGACUGACACUUUUAAUACUAUGAUAUUUAUUAGUGGAAGUCAUGGCAAUUUGGUUGAAGCCGAAGCGUUGCUUGUUAAAAUGGAUGAGAAGGGUGUAUCCCCUGAUACGGUAACUUACAACAUUUUCGUGACUUUGUAUGUUAAUGCGGGGAAUAUGGAUGCUGCUCUUUCUUAUUAUAGAAGGCUUAGAGAGGCUGGGCUCUUUCCGGAUGCCGCAACUUAUAGAGUUCUUCUUCGUGGGUUAUGCGCAGAGAAUAUGGUUCAGGCUGUGGAAAGUGUGAUUGAUGAAAUGGAGAAAUCUUCUGUAUCUGUUGAGGAACAUUCUCUUCCUGGUAUUGUCAAGAUGUAUAUUCAUGAAGGAGAUCUUGAUAAAGCAAAUGACUUGCUUCAGAAGUUUCAAAUGAACAGGGAACUCUCAUCGGAUAUAUGUGCUGCAAUUAUUGAUGCUUUUGGCGAGAACGGGUUUUGGGCUGAAGCGGAGACUAUGUUUUAUAGGCCAAGGCACAUGGCACGACAAGCGAGGGAUAUAUUAGAGUUUAAUGUCAUGAUCAAAGCAUACGGAAAAGCAGAACUUUAUGACAAGGCUGUUUUUCUUUUCGAAGAAAUGAAAAAUCAAGGAAUUGGCGCUGAUCAUUGUACAUACAAUUCUCUUAUUCAAAUGUUAUCUGGUGCAAAGUUAGUGGACCAGGCAAGGGACCUUAUAGUUGAAAUGCAGGAAAUGGGGUUUAAGCCAGACUGUCAAACUUUUUCUGCUGUUAUUGGAAGCUAUGCCUGUCUUGGUCAGCUUACGGAUGCAGUUGACGUGUACGAGGAAAUGUUAAAAACUGGUGUAAAACCAAAUGAGGUUGUGUAUGGUUCUCUAAUAAAUGGAUUUGCAGAACAUGGCAGUCUUGAUGAGGCGCUUCAUUACUUCGACUUGAUGAAAGAAUCAGGAUUUUCAGCAAAUUUAAUUGUGUUAUCAACCUUACUAAAGUCCUACGGUAAGGCUGGCGACCUGGAAGGAGUAUAUUCCAUCUACAAGCAGAUGCAGAACAUGGAAGGUGGUCUCGAUAUGGUUGCAUGUAAUAGUAUGAUUACUACCUUUGCCGAACUCAGCUUGGUAUCCCAAGCCAGGCGUACUUUUGAAAAUUUGAAAAAGGCGGGUCGGGCUGAUAGUACAUCAUACGAAAUAAUAAUGUAUCUUUAUAAAGAAAUUGGCAUGUUUAAGGAGGCAAUCGAGAUAGCAGAAGAGAUGAAAAUGUCAGGUUUAAUGAGAGAUUGUAAUUCAUAUAACAAGGUAAUGUCCUGCUACGCCGUUGAUAAGCAAUUUCACGAGUGUGGCAAAUUACUACAUGAGAUGUUAUCUAAGAAGAUUUUACCAAAUAAGCGAACUUUGUUUCUGUUAUUCUCUAUACUAAAGAAGGGACGAUUUCCUAUUGAAGCAGUGGAACAGUUGCAGUCAUGUUUCAUGGAGGGGGAACCUUACGCCAUACAAGCAACCUACGCAUCUUUGUACUCUUUACUCGGUAUGCAUGCUUUGGCAUUUGAAUCUGUUCAAACAUUUAUAGAAUCUGAGCUUGAAAAUCCUGAAUCUGCUGCUGCCUAUAAUGUGGCAAUCUAUGUAUAUGCUUCAGCUGGAGAUGUUAGUAAGGCGUUGAAUAUACACAUGAAAAUGCGGGAUAAGCACGUGGAACCAGACAUCGUUACUCAGAUUUUUCUGGUACGGUGUUAUGGAAAAGCUCGCAUGGUUGAAGGCGUGAAAAAGAUACAUAGCCUAUUAGAAUAUGGAGAGGUUGAACGGAGUCUGACGUUGUUCAGGGCUAUUCAAGUUGCCUAUAAACACUGCAAUAGGAAUGUUGGUAUGAGAUUCGAGUUCGACUCAGAAGAAUAUUCUGAUGCUGAAAGUGAAUAUUCUGAAGCUGAAAGUGAGUAUUCUGAAUAUGACAUUGGAAGUGAAACUGAAUAUGACUCUAAUUCUGAUUGA